ACCAUGGGCUCGCUGGGGAGCGAUGCUGGCCAAAGGGUUCAGGUGGAAUUUUAUGUAAAUGAAAACACCUUUAAGGAAAGGCUGAAGUUAUUUUUCAUCAAAAACCAAAGGUCAAGCCUGAGAAUUCGGCUUUUGAACCUGUCUUUGAAGCUGCUGACAUGCCUUCUGUACAUAGUGAGGGUGUCUCUGGACGACCCCACCGAGGUCACUCGUGCAAGCGCAAACAGCACACACACGUACAACACAACCGCCGAUCCUUCAGACAUCAACUGGGCAUUAAUUAUCUGGGUAAACAGAAGAACACCUGUCUGGGCUAUUCAGGUGACAGUGGCCUUAAUUAGUUUCCUAGAGGCAAUGCUCCUCACAUAUCUAAGUUACAAGGGAAACAUCUGGGAGCAGAUGUUUCAGAUCUCCUUCAUGUUGGAAAUGAUGAACACAGUGCCGUUUAUAAUUACCAUCUUCUGGCCGCCAUUGAGAAAUAUAUUUGUCCCGGUGUUCCUCAACUGCUGGCUGGCCAAAUGCGCUUUGGAGAACAUGAUCAAUGAUCUUCACCGUGCCAUCCAGCGGACCCACUCGGCCAUGUUCAACCAGGUGCUCAUCCUCAUCUGCACCCUGCUCUGCCUGGUCUUCACCGGUGCCUGUGGAAUACAGCACCUGGAGAGGGCAGGGAAGAACCUGUCCCUGUUCGACUCCGUCUACUUCUGCAUCGUCACCUUCUCCACGGUGGGCUUCGGCGACGUCACCCCCCGGAUCUGGCCGUCCCAGCUGCUCGUGGUCAUCAUGAUCUGUGUGGCGCUGGUGGUCCUGCCCUUACAGUUUGAGGAGCUGGCCUAUCUGUGGAUGGAGCGGCAGAAGUCGGGGGGCAACUACAGCCGGCACCGCGCCCAGACCGAGAAGCACGUGGUCCUGUGUGUGAGCUCGCUCAAGAUCGACCUCCUCAUGGACUUCCUCAACGAGUUCUACGCCCAUCCCAGACUGCAGGACUACUACGUGGUCAUCCUGUGCCCCACGGAGAUGGACAUCCAGGUGCGGCGCGUGCUGCAGAUCCCCCUCUGGUCACAGCGGGUCAUCUAUCUCCAGGGCUCCGCGCUCAAAGACCAGGACCUCAUGAGAGCCAAGAUGGAUGAUGCGGAGGCCUGCUUCAUCCUCAGCAGCAGGAACGAGGUGGACCGCACGGCCGCCGAUCACCAGACCAUCCUGAGGGCAUGGGCUGUGAAGGACUUCGCCCCCAACUGCCCGCUGUUUGUGCAGAUCCUCAAACCGGAGAACAAAUUCCAUGUGAAAUUUGCUGAUCACGUGGUGUGUGAAGAGGAGUUCAGGUACGCCAUGCUGGCCCUGAACUGCGUGUGUCCGGCUACGUCCACCCUGGUGACCCUCCUCGUUCACACUUCGCGGGGACAGGAGGGCCAGCUCUCUCCAGAGCAGUGGCAGAGGACGUACGGCCGUUGCUCAGGCAACGAGGUCUACCACAUCCGCCUGUGCGACAGCAAGUUCUUCGGGGAGUACGACAGCAAGAGCUUCACCUACGCGUCUUUUCAUGCCCACAAGAAGUACGGUGUGUGUCUGAUCGGCGUUAAGCGCGAGGAGAACAAAAGCAUCCUGCUCAACCCGGGUCCUCGCCACAUCAUGGCUGCCACCGACACCUGUUACUACAUUAACAUCACCAAGGAGGAGAACUCCGCCUUCAUCUUCAAGCAGGAAGAGAAGCACAACAAGGGCCUGGCGUCCGUGGGGCUGUACGACGCCCCCUCCCGCCUGCCUGUUCAGAGCAUCAUCGCCAGUAUGGGGACGGUUGCCAUAGACCUGCAGAACCCCGUGCCCCCGGAGGACAGCAACAAGCUGGGCGUGCCCACGGAGAACGGCGCGGGCAGCCGGCGGCCCAGCAUCGCCCCGGUGCUGGAGAUCGCCGACUCCACUGCCAUCCUGCCCUGCGACCUCCUCACCGACCCGCUGGAGGACGAGACGCCCCAGCCCGACGAGGAGGGCCUGCCCAGCGCAGAGUAUGUGAAAGGAUAUCCACCCAAUUCGCCAUACAUUGGGAGCUCGCCAACCCUCUGCCACCUCCUGCCUCAAAAGGCUCCAUUCUGUUGCUUGCGACUCGACAAGGGCUGCAAGCACAACAGCUUUGAGGACGCCAAAGCGUACGGCUUUAAGAACAAGCUCAUAAUUGUGUCCGCCGAGACGGCAGGGAACGGCCUGUACAACUUCUUAGUGCCGCUGAGGGCUUAUUACCGGCCAAAGAAAGAGCUCAACCCCAUCGUGCUGCUCCUGGACAACUCGCCUGAUAAUCACUUCCUGGAAGCCAUCUGUUGUUUCCCCAUGGUUUACUUCAUGGUUGGAAAUAUUGACAACCUGGACAACCUGCUCCAGUGUGGGAUCAUCUACGCUGAUAACCUGGUGGUGGUGGACAAGGAGAGCACCAUGAGUGCAGAGGAGGACUACAUGGCCGACGCCAAGACUAUCGUCAAUGUACAGACCAUGUUCAGGUUGUUUCCUAGUCUCAGUAUUAUCACUGAGCUCACCCAUCCGUCCAACAUGAGAUUCAUGCAGUUCAGAGCCAAAGACUGUUACUCGCUCGCUCUCUCCAAACUGGAGAAGAUAGAGCGUGAUAAAGGCUCAAACCUGGCCUUCAUGUUUCGCCUGCCGUUUGCUGCAGGACGGGUGUUCAGUAUCAGUAUGUUGGACACACUUCUGUACCAGUCCUUUGUGAAAGACUACAUGAUCACCAUCGCCAGACUGCUCUUAGGGCUGGACACAACGCCAGGCUCGGGAUACCUCUGUAUGAUGAAGGUGACAGAGGAAGACCUAUGGAUCCGGACGUAUGGAAGAUUGUUCCAGAAGCUGUGCUCCACCAGUGCAGAGAUUCCCAUUGGGAUUUACCGCACCGAGUGCCACAUGUUCUCCUCCUCAGAGUCCCAGGUGUCCAUGAACAUGGAGGAGUGCGAGGAGUCGCGGGACCGCCGCGAGUCGUGGAAGGAGAAGCCGUCGCACCGCUACUCCAUGGGCAGCGACCAGUCGGACCACCCGCUGCUGCGCAAGAAGAGCAUGCAGUGGGCGCGGCGGCUGAGCCGCAAGAGCGCCAAGCCCGCCAGCCGCGCCGAGCGCAUCAGCCAGCAGCGCCUCAACCUGUACCGCCGCUCCGAGAGGCAGGAGCUGUCCGAGCUGGUCAAGAACCGCAUGAAGCACCUGGGCCUGCCCACCGUCGGAUACGAGGACGUAGCUAAUUUAACCGCAAGCGAUGUGAUGAAUCGUGUAAAUCUAGGAUAUUUGCAAGACGAGAUGAACGAUCAGCAGAACACGCUCUCGUACGUGCUGAUCAACCCGGCGCCAGACACGAUCCUCGAGCUGAACGACAUUGUUUACAUAAUUCGCUCCGACCCGUUGGCGCACAUGCCCGACGAUAUGCCGGGCGGGCAGCCAAGUGCCAAGGUUCACCAGGAGUACACCGCCGAGACUCGAGACGAGACCGACCUCUGAGCGUCACGCCAGCAUCCCUCCGACUGCCCGGCCCCCUGACCCGCCCUCUCCCUCCCCCCUCCAAUGUCUCCACGAGAGCCACCACAGAGCCUUGUUCACUCCCCCUCUCCAGCCCUACACUAGUGCACCCUCUCUCACACACACACACACACACCCCUCACACACACACACACACACACCCCUCACACACCAACACACUACCAGCUGCCAUGAGGUACACACACAUGCCACACCCCACCUCCACUCUUCACCUGCUCUUCUCCCCCAUCUGCUGGAGUGGAGACCUGCUGCUACUGGAGAAGAAGAGGACAAGCCAUCCAUUUAGUGGCCAUACCAAACAUUACCACUCACCUGGUUUACACUAUACUAUCCAUACCAAACACUACCACUCACCUGGUCCAUACUAUACUAUCCAUACCAAACACUACCACUCACCUGGUUUAUACUAUACUAUCCAUACCAAACACUACCACUCACCUGGUUUAUACUAUACUAUCCAUACCAAACACUAUCACUCACCUGGUCCAUACUAUACUAUCCAUACCAAACACUACCACUCACCUGGUUUAUACUAUACUAUCCAUACCAAGCACUACCCCUCACCUGGUUUAUACUAUACUAUCCAUACCAAACACUACCCCUCACCUGGUUUAUACUAUACUAUCCAUACCAAACACUACCCCUCACCUGAUCCAUACUGUACUAUCCAUACCAAACACUACCACUCACCUGGUUUACACUAUACUAUCCAUACCAAACACUACCACUCACCUGGUUUAUACUAUACUAUCCAUACUAAACACUACCACUCACCUGGUCCAUACUAUACUAUCCAUACUAAACAUUACCCCUCACCUGGUUUAUACUAUACUAUCCAUACCAAACACUACCACUCACCUGAUCCAUACUAUAUUAUCCAUCCAUUUAGUGGCCAUACCAAACACUACCACUACCACUCACCUACUCAACACCAUACUGGACUCCCAUCACACACUGAGCUCAUAUAAUGCAAAUUCCAUAAUACCAUAUUAUUGCUACAAACCCUUUCCUACACACACACACACACACACACACUCUUAUAUCACUAAUACAUACAGAACACACAGUGCAUAACAUAUGGUACACACUGUUCACAUUUUUUUUUUCAACUUCAACGUUCAUAUUCGUUCCAUACUACAGGUCCAAGCCAUUACCCAUGUACACUCUGGCCUCCAACAGCUACUGGCGGUUACUGUUCAAAGGAAACACUUUCUAGUUCCAUUUAUCACUUUUAUAUGAGAAGGUUUGGAGGGUGAAUGUGUUUGAAGGACCAAAAAGGCCAGAGAGUCCCUUUUGUACCAGUGCAGUGGAGAAGAAAGGGGUCUUUUCUGUAGCUGGAAGUGGAGAUCAGAUCAGAUUUGAGUUACUUGUUACUGUCACAUUUCACAAAUUUCUGUACAUUUUGUAAAGCACAAAUCUUUAAAGAGAUUUCAUAUCUGCACUUUGCUAAAUCUGAAUCACACUGAUAAUCUAUAUGAAUGACCCUCAAUGCAAAACUUGAAUUAUGUAAACAAAUAAUGACACUGACGAGUUGCUCCUUCGGAGAAUCUAUCAAAGCAAGGCUUUAAUCUUCGCACAUAGCUUGUCAACGCGUAUUGCUAUAUUUUCCCUCAAGCUUGUUAAAGCUCUUCAUUUGUCUGAUCUAAUGCAUGUCUGUAAACGGAGUACAUGUUAACUUAAAAAUGUUAACUAAAAAUGAAUCAAAAUCCUCAUAGCAAAACAUUUUUAAUACACACCAGAUUCUGGUUUUC